AUGCCAGCCAUAAAGAACGUUCUCAUCAUCGGUGCAAGCGGCAAUCUUGGACCGUCUGUCCUCGAUGCACUGCUAGCUACCGAACAAUUCAACGUCUCUGUGGUAUCACGACCAGAAUCGAAGGCGACUUUCCCUUCCACAGUCAACGUCAUCCGAUCUGAUUAUUCCAUCGAAUCAUUUGAAUCUGCAUUCAAAGGCCAAGACGCUGUUGUGUCUACCGUAGGAAAUGAUGGCUUCGAGCAUCAGCAAAAGAUCGUUGAGGCAGCCAUCAAGGCAGGAGUGAAGAGGUUCAUUCCCUCUGAGUUUGGCAUCGACACAACUAGGGCCGACGUCCAGGCACACCUACCAAUUGUGAUGGCCUCUAAGAGAAAAUUCGUCGAGUUUCUUCAGAGCAAAGAAAAGGAGGGUCUCAGUUGGACAGCUAUUAGUUCUGGAGCAUUCUUGGAUUGGGGUCUCCAAUAUGGCUUCCUGGACUUCGACCUGGGCUCGAGAAAAGCCACCAUCUGGGACAAGGGCGAGACCUACUUCACCGCCAGUACUCUGGCGCAAGUUGGACUUGCUGUUGCUCGAGUCCUGCAAAAGCCGGCCGAAACCGCUAACCGCUAUGUAUACAUCUCUUCUGUACGUACGUCCCAGAAAGAGAUUCUCGGAGUUCUUGAGAAGGUCACAGGCCAGAAGUGGGACGUCGCGACUGUGGAUACCGCCACAAAGGUGCGGGAGCUUCAGGGCAAAUUGAAUUCUGGGGAUUACAGCGUUAUCUAUCCGUUGAUCGCUGCGGCUAUCGUCGCGCUUCCGUUGGGCGAUCUGACUAAGUCUGGCUUGGAUAAUGAUCUACUCGGUCUGAAGCAAGAACAACUAGAAGAUGUCGCUCAGCGGGUCAUCAAGACCUAA